CUUCUCUCCCUCAUCACUGGCGAUGCCACCAGCUAUUCCACCCUGGCCUGUGGCAUUGCGGGCAUUUACAUAACCUACGACGCCGUACAUUUGAGCCGAAUAUUCAGCUAAACGAUAAAAAAAGACACGAAAAAAGAAGCCUUACAGCAGACGUUGCCGAUUCGAAGUGGGCGGACGCUUGCAUGGCGGACAAGUGCUCGGCAGAGGCGGCGACAUGCAGCCAGCCGUCGUCGUUUUGGGGGCUUGAUUCCCCCUCAAUGGCUCUUUUUGCGACGAUUCUUGUUACUUCGCCGUUAUUUUUACUCUUCAUUGCUCCUCUGAUUGGCUCUGGGAUCGGAUGGCUACUGCGGAGAAAGACAGAUGGCCGGCGCAUACACCUCAUCAACUUGAUGGACGAAGAGCACAGGAAAUACCUACAUCAACACCAGGACUCAGACAGCACGACGACUCCCGAUAAACUGGACGCCAAAGGUGAACUCCAGGCCACUCAAGACUGGCAAGGUGUUGUUGGUUUCUUCCACCCGUUCUGCAAUGCUGGAGGUGGCGGAGAGCGCGUUUUAUGGGCUGCUAUUCGAGCGACACAGGAUCGAUGGCCAAGAGCCAAGUGCUUUGUGUAUACCGGAGAUCACGAUGUUCCCAAAGAUGCAAUCAUUAAUAGAGUCAAGAAUCGAUUCAACAUCCAACUCCACGCCCCGACGAUCCAAUUCCUCUAUCUCUCCAAGAGAAACUGGGUUCUGGCCUCGAGAUGGCCCGUCUUUACACUUUUGGGACAGUCUCUGGGCUCCAUAGUCUUGGCCUGGGAUGCCUUCUCCCUCAUGGUGCCUGAUAUCUUCAUUGAUACCAUGGGCUACGCAUUUGCACUUAGUCUUUCAAAGUUCCUGUUCCGAAGUGUGCCUACCGGUGCCUAUGUACACUAUCCGACAAUUUCUACCGAUAUGCUGGAAUCUCUAGAUCCCACAUCUUCCGUGGGCUCUCAGGGAGUCAACGCUGGCAAGGGCACCGGAACCAGAGGAACUGCAAAGAGGAUAUACUGGCGACUUUUUGCGGCACUGUACUCUUGGGUUGGAUCCUCCAUCGAUGUUGUCAUGACGAAUUCCACAUGGACCCAAGCCCAUGUGAAGAGCUUAUGGGGCCCGUACCGCCGAGAAAAAGACCGAGAGCAUCCCAUCGCCGUCGUAUACCCUCCGGUGGCUGUUAGCGAAUUCGAACACGAGGUCGAGGUUUCCGCAGAGAGCGAAAAGCAACGAGAGCCGGUCCUCAUAUACAUUGCGCAGUUCCGUCCCGAAAAGAACCAUCCGCUUAUUAUCCAAUCCUUUGCUGAUUUCAUCAAGACAAAGACUGCUGCCGCAGAAAAAGCACGCCUAAUUCUAAUUGGAAGCGUCCGUGAUGAUUCAGAUUCUAAAAGGGUGUACAGACUGCGUCUGAUGGUGAAUGAGCUGGGUAUCAAAGACCAUGUUCAGUUCCACAUCAAUGCGUCUUGGUCAGAAAUCCUUGAGUGGUCGAGAAAAGCGUCUGUGGGUGUUAACGGAAUGUGGAAUGAGCAUUUUGGAAUCGGCGUUGUGGAGUACCAAGCCGCCGGUCUGAUAUCCGUCGUUCAUGACAGUGGCGGUCCUAAGCUGGACAUUGUCACAGAAGUUGACGGCGAGCCAACAGGUUUCCAUGCGUCGAAUGCAGCCGAGUUUGCGGCAGGAUACGAAGCAGCCCUUUCACUUUCCGACCCUCUUGCAAUGCGCCUGCGUGCGAGGAAAUCAGCAAAGAGAUUUUCCGAGGAAGUGUUUGAAGAGCAGUGGCUGGCGCAGAUGGGUCGGCUGGUGGCGCUUGGAAAGAGAAAGUAAAGUAUUUGUUUUUGGCUGUUGAGUUUAUUGCAGAAAUACUAGGAACAUAGAACUAGGAGAUACCCCCUUUUCUUUUAUUGAUAGACUGGUUAGCGGAGGGUAUAUACUAAUAGACAUUGCUAAGAGGGCAAUGCAGAUAUAGUCGUUGUUUUGCUCUAUAUAAUUGGCCGUCGAAGAAAAGAGAGAAAGAAAGAGACUGAAAGAUGCUGGCUAAAGAAAGACAAGUAAAAGUUCUAAUCAUUGUAUAUAUAGGGAUACAGUUUAGAAAAUAAAGACGUUGAAACAGUCAUAAAAUACCCCAUUGUCGUAUACCUCCGUUUCCUUCUUCCACACCAGAGAUCCCACAAGGAUUAUAAAUAGGAAAGCAACAACCCAGGUUUGCGCUAAUGCUAAUGGUAUCACUACUAAGUCUAGCUCUAUUGGUAAAAAUAUUUAUCAUAACCUUCAUCCCAAUAAAAUUCCUAUGCUCCAGCUACAGGGUAUAUC